CGGCCCCGGGGCCGCUCGGCAGGGAGCGGGCAGCGGCCUGCGGGGCCCGGAGCUCAGCCCCCGGUUCCUACCUCCUCAGCUCCCGGUACCUGCUUCCUCGAUCCCCGGCCCAGCUGGGAGGUGCGCCUGUUUGAGCGCUGUGAUCCAGGUGGUUUACGCUCAGCUGGCUGGGAGGCCCUGUGAUGAGUUUGCAAGUUGGACCGUGUCUGGAGUAACUGAAGGAUUCGGUGUGGAAGGUGUUCGCACCCUCUUGAGCUGACCUGUCUCCCACUGUGGCACCUUACACCUCUGGUUAAACCUGUUGUUCAGUUUAGCUCUUUAUUGCCCUGGAAGUUUCUUCAGAAGAGGAGGAAUGCAUUUCAUUUGCAGAGAGCAUAUGUUGAUUCAUGUGUCACAUCUAGAGCUACUCUGUCAGAUGUCCUGAAGUUCCUGUCGGAGACCAUGCCAUCAUACCUGUGUACUCUACUUGUGACUGCAACAUGCUGCAGAAGGGGAUCUGACUCAUGCCUGCCCUGCUCGGAGAGCUGUUUGUGAGCGCUCCUGUUUGCCAUUUGGAAGUUGCUUCUUCACAAGUGUACUACAUAACAAUUGCAAGCUUCUCUUCCAGAGAAGCCAGUGACUUACUCCAGCCAUGUCACUAGCUGAAGGGGUUUCACAGCCCUCUGACUCUGUGGACCUUUGUUAGUCACACUGAGAACUGGUGACCUACAACGUUAAUGUUGAGCGUGUUGUGUUUUAAGGUUUUGAGGAAAAUGCAGAGACGGCAUAGCAGCAACACUGACAACGCUCCUCCUGAAAGAAACCGGAGCCAAACAGUCAGUUCUGAAACCAGCGUGGAUGAAAGUGGAGUUUUUGAAAGUCUAAAGGCUGAAACUUCCUCACCACAACAGCUGUUCUCGGGCCUGGCAGGUAUCCCAUCGGGUACCAUCACAGCCACGCCGUUCCAGUCAGGUUUGGUUCUGGGCUCUUCAGCGGGAGGUGGGGAAGUAUUCAUUCAGAUGCCAACCCCAAGGGAGGAAGGAAGCGGUCGUACGGAAGGAGCCCCGUUUCACCACCGGCAGCAGUCGCAUCAUUUCCACCAUGGCCAUCACCGGGGUUCGUCCCUGCUGCACAUGGCUGGGGGAGACCGCCACGGGCAUGCAGAGGAAGGCAGUGACGAACAGGCUGGGACUCCAGCCCCAGCUCUUUCAGAGUUAAAAGCUGUGAUCGGUUGGCUGCAGAAGGGACUUCCCUUCAUCUUGAUCCUCACAGCUAAAGUUUGUUUCCAGCAUAAGCUUGGGAUUGCUGUGUGCAUUGGUAUGGCCAGCACGUUCGCAUAUGCCAACUCAACACUCCGAGAACAGGUUGCUCUGAAGGAGAAAAGAUCAGUAUUGGUUGUCUUCUGGAUCCUGGCCUUUCUCACCGGAAACACCUUCUACUUGCUUUACACAUUCAGCUCCCAGCAGCUGUACAACAGCCUUAUAUUUCUGAAACCCAACCUUGAGAGACUGGACUUCUUUGACCUGAUGUGGAUUGUGGGGAUCACGGACUUUGUGCUGAAGUAUCUCACCAUUGCAUUGAAAUGCCUAAUUGUUGCCUUGCCUAAGAUCAUCCUAGCUGUCAAGUCAAAGGGAAAGUUUUAUUUGGUUAUUGAAGAGCUGAGUCAGUUGUUCCGAUCCCUUGUCCCCAUCCAGUUGUGGUAUAAAUACAUCAUGGGAGAUGACCCAUCCAGCAGCUACUUCCUAGGAGGGAUUCUGAUCAUCCUGUAUAGCCUCUGCAAGUCUUUUGACAUCUGUGGUCGUGUGGGAAGUGUCCGGAAGGCACUGAAAGUCCUUUGCACCCCACAGACCUAUGGAGUUCGUGCCACCAGCCAGCAGUGCAGUGAGGCAGGUGACAUCUGUGCCAUUUGCCAAGCAGAGUUCAGGGAACCUUUGAUCCUUAUGUGCCAGCAUGUGUUUUGUGAAGAAUGCCUCUGCCUCUGGUUUGACAGGGAGAAGACCUGUCCUCUUUGUCGUUCUGUCACAGUAGAAACCCUGCGUUGCUGGAAAGAUGGCACCACCUCUGCUCAUUUCCAGGUGUAUUAAAAGCAGCACAUACCAACAAAUGGACUGACGUGUGGAGAGAAGGAAGAGACAGAAAUCUCGUGAUCCUGUGCCCUUGUUUCAUUGCCUAGUGCUUCUUCCAGCUCUGUUUCUCCAGGAACCAAUAGAACAACAAUUGUUACUAGCCAGAAGUUUUACCCUCAAAGGCAAGUAAGAUGUGUUUCGUGUUGUGGCAACCUCCAUGGCUAAGCUACAGCCAGGACUUUUUCCUGAACUUACAUGGUUAUAAACUGCUUGGAAUGUUUCCUUUUAUUCUGUCCUUUUAGUGUAGGUAAAUACUGCAUGUAUAAGGAAAGUGUACUGUCAAUUCACCACUGCACGUGUAUAACCUGGUGUACUAGAAAAAGGCUGUUGUUCUCUGGCUCAAACCAUGGGUGAGAUUUUUCACAUUAAACAUCUCUAACUUCCCUGUA